UCACUGCGGGAUUGUUCAACCAAAAUAUCGUCUACUGUUGACAGGAUCAGGACAUACAGUUCACGAUGUCUAGUGGCGAAGAAGACGCAUCCAAACUGAAUCCUAUGGAAACAGCUAAACUCAAAGAACUGUUUAACAAAAUAGAUAAAAAUAGGGAUGGAAAGAUAGACAUAAUAGACUUGAGCACAGCUUUAUCGGAACUCAAAGUGGCACAAUUGCCUGGUCAUGCACAGGAGUUUUUCCAGAGACAUGACACAAAUCAUGAUGGGCAGAUUACAUUCAAAGAAUUUGUAGAAUUUAUUUCUGAGCACGAGAAAAGACUGCACGAGAUCUUCACAAAAGUAGACGUAAAUCGUGAUGGUUCUAUUGAUGUGAAUGAAAUAAUGGAAAGUUUCAAGAAGCUAGGCAUGAAGGUAGAAAGGAAAGAAGCAGAUCAAUUAAUGAAAAUGAUGGAUAAAGAUGGAUCUAGGAAGAUAAAUUGGUCUGAAUGGCGAGACUACUUAAUAUUGUCAUCUGGUGUGACUAAACUAGAGGAUAUACUUCAUUACUGGAGACAUGCAACAAUUAUAGACAUUGGUGAGAAUGCAAUUGUACCAGAUGAUUUUACAGAGAAGGAAAUGCAGACAGGAAUGUGGUGGCGUCACCUAGUGGCAGGAGGAAUUGCUGGAGCUGUAUCAAGAACAGCUACUGCACCGCUGGAUCGUAUCAAAAUAUUCCUGCAGGUUCAUGGAAGUAAAAAUUCAAAUUAUGGUGUUGUAAAUGGAUUGCAGUACAUGGUCAAAGAAGGAGGAGUUAAAUCUCUGUGGAGGGGCAAUUUUAUAAAUGUUCUUAAAAUUGCACCAGAAUCUGCUAUCAAAUUUAUGGCUUAUGAACAAUAUAAAUCCAUGUUCAAAGGUGACAGAAGCGAAAUAACAAUGGUGGAGAGAUUAAUGUCUGGAUCUUUGGCAGGAGCUACAGCACAAACAAUUAUCUAUCCAAUGGAGGUGUUAAAGACAAGAUUAGCAUUGAGGAAGACCGGUCAGUUUGAUGGUAUCAUUGACUGUGCAAAAAAAGUUUACAAGUCAGAAGGUGCACAAGUAUUUUACCGUGGCUAUGUUCCUAAUAUGCUUGGUAUUAUUCCAUAUGCUGGUAUAGAUCUGGCUAUAUAUGAGACACUAAGAAACAUCUACACAAAGAGAACAGGAGGAGCUGACCCAGGAAUAUUUGCAUUAUUAGCUUGUGGUACAUGUAGUAGUACAUGUGGACAGUUAGCUAGUUAUCCUUUAGCUCUGGUCAGAACAAGACUUCAGGCACAACGAGAAGGACAUGACACAAUGUCAGGAAUGUUUAAGAAAAUCAUCAAACAAGAUGGACCAUUGGGACUGUAUCGUGGUUUGACACCUAAUUUUCUCAAAGUUCUUCCAGCAGUUAGUAUAAGUUAUGUGGUUUAUGAAAAGACUCGGACUGCACUUGGUGUAAAUAUGUCUUAAUGUAGAUUUUUAUUUAGGUGUUUAUAAUAAAUACUUUAUUGUAAGUGUCCAUUAUCAAACUGCGAUACAUUUACUACAAUUUUAUAAGCACUUGCAUAAUUAAGAGAUUUAGACUAAUGUUCAGGCUUUUUGAUUGGAAGUUAUAUGCCAUGUGACUAGAAAUCAGACUGAGGCUGUCUUUAUUUUUGUAUCUUCCUUAGUUAGCACCUAUUUAUAUAGUUGAUAUUGUAACUUUAAGGAUAUUUCAAGUGGUAGCAAUAUUUUACAGUACAGUUAAAAAAAAAAAUCUUUAUGAGAAUUAUUAAGAAUUAUUAACAGUAAAAAUUAUUUCUUUCAAAACUAUUUUCUGCUGUUUAAGAUUUUUUUACAUUGAUAAGAAAAAAAGGUUUGAGAGGAAAUAAAUGCUUAAGUAUGGUUUGUGAGAAGAAUUUGUCCACAGAAGUUAAGUUUGUCUCAAUUUUUUUCCCAUUACAAGAUCUUUAUGUUUUUUCUUAUUCUAUCUUUCUGAUUAUAUGCAAUAGAUAACGAUAUUUAAUAUUUUUUAUUUGAAGUAAUUAUCAUCUCUUAGCAGUAUAUUAUUAGUUGUGUGCCAUGUAUUUUUUGUUAAGGAUAUAGAAAACCAUACUAACAGAGGCUUAAAUCUCAUAUAUUUAGCUGUAUUAUUGUAAUGUACUAUUCAAAUAUUUAUAUAGUCAGUUAUAUAGAAACGGUUUGUUAAUGUCUGAACCAUUUUAUAAUUAUUAUAGGUUGAUUGUUAAUUUUGACGUUUUUUUAUUUUCCCAAUUAAUCUGUUAAAAUUGUUUAAAUUGAUACAUGUACUACCACAUCCUGUUAAGUUUAAGAUAUUUUGCUACAAGAUUUUGAAAAGCCAGAAAUAUCUAUUUGGGAUGGGAUGUUCAUAUCUGUUUCAACAAAAUAGAUAAGCAAAAUUAUGAUAUGCUAAGAAUGUUAAAUUGACAUCACAAAUGACAUUUCUGUACUAAAGUGACAGAACACUAUUGUGCCAUUUAUUCUUUUUAAUCAAUUAGCAUAAUUUUUGAAAGGAUUAUUAUUUUUUGCAAUUUCAGAAAUUGUUAAAUAACCUUGCCCUCACACCACUGCCAAAAUGAAAUAGCCAGUAAUCAUUCCCUACAUUGACAACACUAUAAUUUAAAAUUAUAGCUAUAAAUAAAUUUAUAAUUAUUACAUCAUUCAUAUUUUAACCUUUCUUUGACAAAGCAGCAUUAUUAGCUGAAAGAUAGAAACUUUAGAAAAAAACAAAACUUAAGGCAGUUGUUUUCCAUUCAUUCUGUUGGUUCAUAAUGUCCAGUGUUUGAUUUUUAGGUUUUAUUGAUUUUUCCCAUUAUGAUUUUAUACCUUGGAGUUUGAAAUUUUGUUUCAUUGUAAUACCUUUUUUCAUUAAGGUAGUACCUAACACCUUGACUAAAAUUAAUUUGGCUUGUUUAAUUUUCAUAAUAUUCUGUAUACCCUUUGACAAAAAUAUAAAAAAAAUAAAAAAAACUUGAACCCAUCCUUCCCUCGUAAAAAUUUCAUUGGAUAUAUAGCAGUUUGAUAAAAUCUAAUUUUGUUCAUUGAGAAGCUUAAUAUUUCCUUAACAGAACAAAGUGAUUAAAACGUUUAGCUGAUAUUUACAGAGUUAUCUCCCUGUAGUAUUAGGAACCCCCUUUAAUUCAUGGAAUUCUAUUAUCUAUUAAGAGAAUACUGACAAUUAUUUUAACCUUUUUGUUUGUUUUUGUUUAUUUACAAAGGCAGUGUUCUCCACGGGGCCAUUAAACAGCAUGCUACCAUGGCACUAUAUUUGUUUAGUCAUAGUGCUGCAGACAAAAUAAAUUUAUAAUAUAAUGUAUUAUAAAUGUUCUGGUAUAAUUUGAAGGAAGCAGUGCUAUUUCAAAUUUUUAAAGUGCUAUUUAAAUAUACUUUGGAGAACACUGAAAGGUGGUUCAGUUUUAUUUGCAGCAACUUUUAUUAAGUUUAUUUUGUUAAAUGAUAACCCAGAGGACCAAUGGUUAUUUGUUUUACCUUCAUGAUUUGGUUACUAAGGGAUUUUGUUUUAUUUUUCAUUGGUGCAGUUAAAUUUUGUUAUUUCUAUUUUUUGUGAAUGUUGCACAUGAUAGUUACAAAUUGCAAAACUUCUCUCAAGUCACGCCAUCCACCUGGUUUAAAUUUGUUUCAAAAUUUUGUUUAUCAUUUAUGAAAGAUAUUUAUAGUUAGUCUUAACUAUGAUGUUAUGUAUGUGUUAGUCUAUAAUAAGUCUUAACUAUGAUGUUAUGUAUAUGUUAUUCAUUUUUUAUGCUCUUCAACUUGUGCUUUAUUUGGCCUUUAAAACUUUUUUGAUUAAAGCGUCAUCUUUGAGUCUUUUGAAGACAAAGCACACAUCUGGCAUACAUAUUUUAAGCCUGGUUUCUAGGAUAAGUUUGUUUUCAAAAACCAUGACAUAUUUUUCUGAAGCAUUCCAAAAUUUUUGAGUAUUUACUUAUUUUUUAAUAGAAAUUGGCUCUAGUAGAAAUUUCAGUGUUUUUUAUCAAUUAGUUUGUGGAAAUAGUUAUAUCGAAUUCACCAAUUUUCAAUCCAAAUGCAUUCAGUAUACAUGUACUUUUAGACAUAUUCAUUUGUAUAAAACAACAUUGAAACUCAUAAUGUUCAAGUUUUGUGAUUUCACAAUUUCGAAAUUUUAGUGAAAACCAAAUUUGACAUUGCCAGUUUUAUAUAAUAUAUGCAUUAUUUGAGAUGUAUGAUUUACUGAAACAUAGCAGUUAAUCAGAAAGAGAAUAAGAUAUAGUAGUUACAAAAAAAUAUGUUCAGUGGCAAAUAUUUGUCUUUGGUGAUAUCUUAUUUUAAAUAGAAAUUUUGGAAACAUUUCAGAAUUUAAUGUGGUUUGCAUAAUAUUUCCUAAAGGAUACAUCAUAGCUUAGUUAAUUGUCAAUAGAUAUCCAACCAAUGGUGCAAUUAUUAUACCCCUCCCUCUGCUUGCAAGAUACAAAAAAAAAAGUUUCUGGGGGUGUAUGUGAAUCGAUAUGUUUGUCUGUCUGUCCAUGUGACUUGUAAUUAACAUCUUGAUAGUGCUGCUGAUAAUGUGCUUAAAGAAAUAAAGUCUCAGGUCUACAUGUUUAAGGUGGAGUUGAUAAAACUUACAUACUUACUUCAAUAUUGCAAUAUGUGGUUAUAGUAUUGAGGGGUGGGUAUUAUUUUUUUUAUUUUUGGUGUAAGAACAAUUAAAUUGCUCUUUAUUCUGUAGUUCUGUUUCUAUUUAUUGAAAAUUUUACAUAUCUUUAGGGUUACUGCAAUUUAUAUACAGGUCCCCAACUUCCAGUUGAUAAAACAAAGUGUUAAGCUACAAUCUGCUGACAAGAUUUUUUUUGGAACUUGAUGCUUUUGUAUAAUUUAAAAUUUUGUCUUCCCUGUUUCAAGAUAGAUGGAGAAUAAAAAGUUAAAUCUUAAUUGAAAAGGGUAAUCGUCAUAUUUUGAUUUACAUUGUUUAUAACUUGCAGGCAUGUGUAAUUUAGUGAUUAGUAAAAUGAUUAUAAAUGUUGGUAUACAAGUAUGAAUGAAAGAGGUGACUGAUAAGGAAAUUGUACUAUUUUGCUCAUUUUCUGAAAAAAAUUCAAGCAUUGCAUAACAGGAUUGUUUUUCAUUGAUAUUGAAUACAUCUUAUAUUGUUAAACGCUACAUGUAUAUUUAUGUAAAAGAGAAGGUAAAACAGAGCUUUUGUAACAAUAUUAUAUUUUAAACAUGUGGCAGAGAAAUGUUAGGAACAACUUUUUGAAAGGGGAUUCACUUGGUUAUACCUGAGGGAAAGACAUUUUUGUUCUUUGAUUUGAUUUGAUUUAAUGUAUUUAAAAAGAAAAACGGAAAAGGAAAAAUAAUUCUAACCUUUUCCUGGAUUUAAAAGACAAAAGUGUUAUAAGCUUGAUUUUUAAUCCUUUCAAUGUAGCUGCCAUAAACAUGUAAUCAAUCUUAUGUUUGUAAACAAUUUCACAUAAAAAAAAACCUCUUUGGAGAUUUUCUAUACUCUUUGUGUUUUAGUUGAAUACAUGUAUGUAUGUAUGUCUGUCUGUUUGUUGGUCUUUAUGUGAGUGUUUGUAGUAGUGUCAUACAGAAUGCUUGGGAUUCAUAGACCUGGAUUUACUAUGUCAGGUUGAGGAUUACACCUGGAGAACUUUGCUUAUACAUGUACACCUUAAAUGUUUGCAUUGAAGUAAAGUAAAGUUACUUUGGAAUCAUACCAGAUAUAUGCUUAUAAAACCAAAUAUACUUAUGAAUGUUUGAUAUGUCAUGUACUCUGCUGUCUUAUAUAUAUUAUAAUGUGAUUUAAAUGUGAUGAUUUGUUACUGUUUUGAUUAAAUCUCAUUUUUUACCCAUAAUUAUUAAUAAUCUGAAAUAGUUUGUACUCGUUGUAAUGAACGUCCUGUUUAACUGCAGGAUAUUUCUGCUUGUAUUAUAUGUCACUAUUUUUUUACAAUUAAAAAAAAUAUAUAAAUUCA